AUGCGAGCCGGCUUUGUCCCAAUCACAACGAUCAACAACGACAACAACAGCGCCAUGACUUCCGCCCACAAGCCCGACCUCUCCGGCCUGCCCGCCUUCAACGUCGCUGGCGGUCGUCCCGACGAGCGCUUCGGUACCAGGGGCUCCUUCACCCGCGGCGUGCACAUCAUGUCCGGUGGCCAUGCUCGCGACGUACCGCUCGAGGCCGAGGUCGAGCACGGCAAGGUGCUCUUCGUGUCCGCCAUCCACAAGCCGGACCUCUCCGCCGAGGCCCGCACCAACGCCGUCCGACCCAUGGAGCGCCUCGGAGCCCGCGGCUGCUUCACGCCGGGGGGGCGUCGCUGGGCCGGUGGCAAGCCUCGCGACGUACCGCUCGAGGCCGAGGUCGACCACGGUAAGGUGCUCUUCGUGUCCGCCGCCCACAAGCCGGAUCUCUCCGCCGAGGCCCGCACCAACGCCGUCCGCCCCACGGAGCGCCUCGGCUCCCGGGGCCGCUUCACCGCGGGCGUCCGUCGCUGGGCCGGUGGCGAGCCUCGUGACGUGCCGCUCUCGCGCGUACGCGACCCGGGUACCGUCCUGUUCGAGUCCGCCUCGGAACGUAGCAGGCCCUCCUUGUCCUUCUCGGGCGAGACCAACGUGUCCGGAGGCAGGGAGGACGAGCGCCACGGGCGGCUGGGAUCGUUCGAGCACGGGGUUGUCGAGGCUCGGGGAGGGCCGCUGCAGGUUCAGGCGGCCUUGGCGCACGAGGUGGAGAAGCUGUGGCACGAGGGCGGGCAGAAGGAGAACAAGUACCGCCGCUGCGGGCCCAGCCACUUCGUCGCCGGCGUGUCUAUUCUGUCCGGCGGCAUGCCAGUCUACUGAGAGCAAAGAAUGGCUGCUGUU